CAUGUCUGACCCAAAAAAAUCUUGGGUGUAGAUCCUUCAGUGGCUUCUUAAGGCAGCACAUGAUCAUAAGAAGGAGGCUAGCAAUGGGAGUAAGGUAUCUCUAACAGAAGCAAGAUCCAAGGAUGUUGUUUUGUUUAACACGGCCGGCGCAUCCAUAGACUCAGAAGAAUACCGAGAACAAAGUGCAGAAGAAGAAGACGAAGGAAAGUGCAACAAAUCAGAUAUCUUUCUCAAGAAGGGGAUCCCUAACAGCUCCACUUUCUUCUACAGCAGACUGACUUUGAAGCAACUUUUGAUACCAAUGGGAGCAGACCUCAUCAACAUCACCAUGGGCCACAACUGCAUGGCAGAGUUUCGUCAUGUCGGUGGUAAGGUUUUGCCUGUGUGUGAUGCAAGUGCACCUUCAUCUGCUCAGACAGAUCAUGGAAAGAACAGGUCAAAGAAGAGCAACUUUGGAAAUGAAUGCCCACACAAGAACAAUUCCCACAAGGAGGGAGAGAAGAGAAGAGCAUUGUCAAAGAUGAAGGAGCUAAUUCGCUGGGCAGCAUCAUCUAACCCUGACAAAGGGGGAAGCAAACGCUGGAAGGUUCUGUACUUCCGGAACCGAGGAGCGCUCAGAGGCCGCUGUGACGAUGAAUUAGCGUCAGAUUCAAGCAAAAUGAGCUUCAAGUUUGAUGUUGGCAGCCGCUCUGCCUCAUCUGCCUGCUCCCCCAUUUCUGUAAGGAGUGAAAGAAUGAUCACAAGACACUCAUCUCUUCCCCCAGCCAAAGUUUCAAUCUCUGCAUGCAGUGUGGACGAGUGCAUGGUCAUGAAGAGAGAGAACUGGAUCACUACAGACUCAGACUUUGUGGUGCUUGAAUUAUGAACAGACGAGUGCACAAGAUGGAGGGAAGCGGACGAAAAGAUUGCAGUGCAGAAAUUUAAAUUUAGGCUUCAACAAAAUUUAGCUUUGUGAUUGAUAUCAUUACAUGUUUAGGAUGCUAAUUAAGUUGGGGAUACUAGUAGUAGGAGGUCAAAUCAUCUCUUUUGAGAGGAUGAUGAUGAAUUUUC